AUGGAGUACUUUGACCAUGUAGGUAUUUCCUAUGACGGGGAUAAAGUUAACGACGAGCCCCACGGCUUCGGUCAGAUGACCAUGCAGGAUGGGUCAAGAUACACGGGAAACUUCCUUAGCGGCCAAUUUCACGGAGAUGGCGAAUUGGUCUUUGAGAGCGGAGGCGUAAUGGGCAAGAUUGUGGGGAGGUGGGACAAUGGAGAACUGCAGGAACACAAAAUUUUCUUCGGAGAUAACCUCCAAUUUGAAAGUGACAAUUGGAACUAUUUGAUCCCCAGCGAUCGUCGAUUUCACAACGAAAUCACAGGCGCAGUCCCUGUUGCGGCCUCGCGAACAGAGCCGUCUCAGUUUCCAGACCUUCUCUCUAUCGCAGAAUACAAAAGGAACCAGUCUGCAGCAGCGCACUAG